AGAGAGAGAGAACUUGUACACGUGGCGCUAGAGCAGAUCUACCCAGUGUACCCAAAAUCAGGAAGAAGACUGCUCGCAUCUACCAAAACCCAAAGUGACAAAUUAGCAAACAAAAACAGACUCUCCCCGUCCUCUGUGUCUGUGCUGCAAAGAGGAGGAAGAAGAAGAAGAAGAGCAAUGGAGGACCAACAGAAACGCUGUCGUUUCCCACAAUUCGUGCUCCAACCCCCACUCUGAGAGAGAGUUGGGCUUUCAGCUUUUGCUUCGUCAAGAUCCACGAGGAAGAAGAAUUGGAGUGAAAACAGAGCCAAAUGUUGCCGCGCAGGUUAUCCGUCAUUUUUGGAGGCCUAGGUUACAACACGAACACUGUGACCAACGAGCUCUUGCCCACUCUCAAGGUCCAAACGGAUAAGGAAGUCUACAGGCCCGGCGAUCCCAUUAUCAUCACCAUAGAGAUUUCGAACCCUAGCAGCAAUGACGGUACGGCUUAUUCGCUCUUGAUCGAACGUCUGGGAUUUGAGAUUAAAGGGAUUGAGAAGCUCGAUUCCCAGUGGUUCGCCACGCAGAAACCCACGUCUGGAUCUAAACAGAGAAGAGGUGAAUAUGUGUUCAUGGAAUGCUCCACUCAAGCGCUGGUGACGAAUCAGAUUGUUUCCCCCGGGGCCAGGAAAUCAUACGUGGUGCGGUCAUUCCUGGCUAGCAUUAUACCACCAUCAUAUAAAGGUGCUACCAUUCGCUAUAUGUACUAUGUUAGAAGUACAAUGUCUGGCCAAUGGCUGAUACUGGAAAAUGCUCAUUCUCGUGGAGAAUCAGUCAAAGAUUUUCCUGAAAUGGAGGCUCGUGUUCCAGUACAAGUAUGGGUCACUCAGAAAACCAGUGGCUUGGUGAUGGAAGAAGGUCAAAGUGAUGGGAUUGUUCCUUCUGCAACCAUCCAAAUGGAUAUGUAUUGGAAAGAGAUGGAUGCAGACUCCGAUUGGGUGAGAGCAAAUGAUACAUAUGAUGGGGGGGUUGAGGAAGGCUAUGAAAGCUCAAGGGAUGAGAUCUCAUCUGUUUCUUCAUACAAUCCCAUGAAAGAACAUAUAAACAGAACCUUUGGAAGUUCGCUAUCCUUGCAAUCAGCAAGGUCUUCGAAUAAGGAUAGCCCAUAUCUUGAAGGAGAGCGCACAAGUUUAUCUUCAAAUCUAGCACUCCCACAGCUCUCUGUGGCCGAAGUCUUAUACGAUACUGGCGCUGAUCUUUCAUUGCCCCUGAAUUCAUCUGCUAUUGGCUCUCCAAGUCAGCAACCGAAACUUACAAAGCGGCUUUCUUUGGAUGAUGAAGCAAGGGCAUCUUCUUCACCAGAAUCUGGAGCUGUUGAAACAUUAGCAUCAGAAGGCUUUAGUCGAGGGAGGUCAUACAAUAUCCGGCUGGAUGACCAAGUUCUGCUUAGAUUUUCCCCAAAAAAUUCUGAUUCUAAUUAUUACUUCAGUGAUAUGAUUGGUGGGACUCUUACUUUCUUUCAUGAAGAAGGAGCUAGAAGGUGCCUCGAGGUUUCUAUAACGUUGGAGACUUCGGAAACUAUUAGUCGGCGAUUUGUCCAUCCUUCUCGGAAGAAUUCCCCCACAAUUACGAAGAUUCAGAGUGAUCAUUAUGAGGUCGUUUCAGAUUUGGUGCAGACAAGUUUUCUUUUUUCCAUUCCUAUGGAUGGGCCUAUGUCUUUUACCACUCCUCAUGUAUCUGUACGAUGGGUCCUUCGAUUUGAAUUUUUUACCACUCCGAAGAAUGUGGAUUGGACCAGGUACGAGCAUCCUCUUCUGAUAGAGCGAAGAGAAAAAAGUGAGUGGGUUCUCCCAAUCACAGUGCACGCACCUCCGGCUGUGGGACCCACUGGUCAUCCCCGAAAUGAGAAGGCUCUCUUUGGAACCCUUGGGGGUGUAUAAUUGAAGGUUUUUGCGUCACACAGGUUGACAUAUUGAGCCGUUUGAAAUUCAAGCUACGUCCAAAUUGUGGAUCAAAACCUAUUAGUCCAAUUGGGGCCCUGGUGGCUCAGCUGACAUCUUGUUCCUCUGGAAAAAUGUCCGGUGAAUGCUGAUUUGAAAAGUUGAAGCACGCAACAAAGAUUAUGAAAGAGGGGAGUCUUAGAUAUGCUACACUCUGAAUAUAUCAUAGGCUUGUACACCAUAAUGUGUAGCAUUGGCGAUUUACAUUUUGAUUAAUUUUAUUGUUUACAUUCUAAAGUUUCAUUGAGUUGAAACGGGUUGUACAUUCUUAAAGAGUACGCAUUAAUUCAUUGAAAUUAAAGAACAAAGAAAAAUUUAAACAUU